UGAGCUUCAUCAUCCAUUCUUCUUCCAAUUACAGAGAGACAGAGUUUCAUUUAAACAUGAGACCGCCAUUGUUGACGCCUCUUCUGCUCUCUUUCUUCUUUUUCUUCUCCCUCUCUUUUGCUAUUGUUCCUUCCAAUGAGACUUUCAAGUUCGUCAAUGAAGGCGAUUUCGGCGAUUUCGCCGUUGAGUAUGAUGGAACUUACAGACCCCUCAGCAUAUCCAACUCCCCAUUUCAGCUCAUGUUCUACAACACAACGCCAAAUGCAUAUACACUCGCUCUUCGAAUGGCCAUUCUACGCUCUGAAUCCGCCAAGCGUUGGGUGUGGGAAGCUAAUCGCGGCCGUCCAGUUCGCGAAAAUGCCACAUUAUCUCUCGGCUCCGACGGAAACCUAGUCCUUGCUGAAGCUGACGGCACCGUUGUAUGGCAAACUAACACCGCCAACAAAGGCGUCGUCAAAUUAGAUCUGCUUCCUAAUGGCAACAUGGUGCUCCUCGACUCCAACGGUAAAUUCGUUUGGCAGAGCUUCGAUUCGCCGACGGAUACUCUCCUAGUCGGCCAAUCGCUCCGAAUCGGCGGCGUAACGAAGCUAGUAAGCCGCGCAUCGGAGAAAUUGAACGUGAAUGGACCUUACAGCUUUGUAAUGGAACGAAAAGCCGUGUCUCUGUAUUACAAAAGCCCUAACUCUCCAAAACCAAUGCGCUACUUCGCCGGAUCUUCGAAUUGGUUCACAAUCCAGAAAGGCUCCCUCGCAAGAGUCACUCUUCGAGCCGAGGUAGAUCCAGAUCAAGGAUUUGCCACCGAGUUGACAUUGAACUACGAAGUUGCCGGAACGGAGAACGGCGGACCAAUUCUGUCACGGCCAAAGUACAACAGCACAUUAACAUUCCUCAGAUUAGGAAUAGACGGAAACCUCCGGCUGUUCACAUACAACGACAAAGUGGACUGGAGCCCGUCGGAGAUUACGUUCACAUUGUUCGAUAGGGAAUUUAAUACAGGGAACACGGAGAGCGAAUGCCAGUGGCCGGAGCGAUGCGGGCAGUUCGGGUUGUGUGAGGAGAACCAAUGUGUGGCCUGCCCAACGGAGAAGGGGCUGUUGGGAUGGAGCAAGACAUGUAUGGCGAAGAAGGUAAGUUCAUGUGACCCCAAAAGCUUCCAUUAUUACAAAGUUGAAGGUGUGGAUCAUUUCUUGACAAAGUAUAACAAAGGAGAAGGGCUUAGCCAAAAAGAUUGCGAGAAAAAGUGUAAUUUGGAUUGUAAGUGUUUGGGGUAUUUUUACCAAACCAAAGGCUCACUUUGUUGGGUUGCAAAUGAGUUGAAAACUUUGAUCAAAGUGGAUAAUUCCACUCAUUUGGGAUUCAUCAAAACACCCAAUAAGUAGACUCUGAAAAGAUCGAGCCUUUUCUUUCCGUAUGUAAUUUCCAAAUACGUGUGUUUCAAAACUACAUAAUAAAGAUAAUGGGUUUCACUCAGUUGUAUUGAUAUGCAGUAUAUUUCUAGAGGUUGAUGGUUAACUCAAAAAAGUGAUUGUGUACUAUUUUUUUGUUAAGUGAAUUUUGGAAUAAUAUGGAUGAUAUUGCUUUAUUA